AUGUCCACAAUCCAGUGUAUCUUCCUCAACACUAUUGGUCAGGGCAUAGGGGAGAAGUACGACAGUGUCCGCCGAGAUUUAAAAACCCUCUUAGGCGAUCCCACUUUUAGUGAUGAGGCACUGCUCCGCCAAGUAAUAAAGACUACAACUGAAGAAAGCGAGAGAAAGCGCAGAUUUGGCCGCAGCUCUACCCCUAAAGUAAGUCAUGCCCAUGCAACCAACACGGAGUCCAAAGAGAAAGCAAAGGACAAUGUGAAAGUGAACCAAAUCGACAAAGACUCUACACUCCAAAGACUAAGCGCUCAGGUUGAAGCACUCACCCGAGCUAUGGAGAGUUUGAAAGCAAUAACAGCUCCUGAACAGAGAGACUUAAAACCUCAAUCAGAGAGAAAACCACGAGAAAGAAAGAGCUGCCAAAACUGUGCUUCCCAGUCCAAUCCGAACUGUAACCACUGCUUUGUCUGCGGAGAGGAAGGGCAUCGCGCCGUCGGGUGCCUGAAGAGGACCAAGUCAUCGGGAAACUGGAGACGGUCAGGGCAGAGGGACCACCCUUGA